UUUUGGUAAGAAAUUAGAAGCAGAGACGGAGAAGGAAAGGGUACGAAAGGAAGUCGAUCUGAUAAUCUGAAUAAAUACAGCCAAAGUCUAGUGAUUUUUAAUUUUUGAUAGAGAAAGAGACGAUUGAUUAGCUGUUGUUAGCGGAGCGAAAUCCAGGUUGAUACCAGAUUCCUAAACUCCCCACCGUUUUCUUUCUCUGUAUCUCCGACUGCGAUCGCCAUGACUGAACUGAAAGGAUAUCGUUAGCUUUCUAGAUCUGAAUAACCUUCGGAUCUCAAAGUUUUCUUCCAAGAAUUCAGUAAACCAAUUUGAGCGAAUGGGGGUGGAGUUCGACUUCGAGGGAAGAAGAGGUUCCUCUACCCUUGGGGAUUCGUUGGGGAUAGUUUAUACUCUUAAACCAUUCCAUUAACCUUUUAUUUUCCUUUCUUUUUUCGAUAUUUCCUUAUUGGGUGAGGGGGAUUCGAUCGAGCGUAUUUCUUCAAUUUUAUCACCAGAAUUACAGUAGAAAGCUUAGAGCUUGGACUUGGGGAUUGUUCUGAAGAUGUAGGAUUUCAGACAUUGACGUGAAUCGCAGAGCUUUACUUUCUCGCUACAAGUAGAGAAGAAUUCGAAGAUUUCGUGACGGAUAUCUAGAGCUUUACUUUCUCGCUACAAGGAAAUGGCUACUCUGGUCGAGCCACCUAAUGGGAUGGGAUCACGAGGGAAACAUUACUACUCUAUGUGGCAAACAUUGUUUGAGAUUGAUACAAAAUAUGUGCCCAUUAAGCCCAUCGGUAGAGGAGCUUAUGGUAUUGUGUGCUCUUCUAUCAACAGAGAAACAGAUGAGAAAGUUGCAAUUAAGAAGAUUAAUAAUGCCUUCGACAAUCGUAUUGAUGCAUUAAGGACCCUGCGGGAACUGAAGCUCCUUCGGCAUCUGAGACAUGAGAAUGUGAUUGCUUUGAAGGAUGUUAUGAUGCCUAUCCAUAGGAGAAGUUUCAAGGAUGUUUAUCUGGUUUACGAACUCAUGGAUACCGAUCUCCAUCAGAUUAUCAAAUCUUCUCAGGCACUUACCAAUGAUCACUGCCAAUAUUUCCUUUUUCAGUUGCUUAGAGGACUGAAGUAUCUCCACUCAGCAAACAUUCUCCACCGGGACCUGAAGCCAGGAAACCUCCUUGUGAAUGCAAACUGUGACCUUAAGAUCUGUGACUUUGGACUGGCACGCACCAGCAGUGGCAAGGGCCAGUUCAUGACCGAGUAUGUUGUCACCCGUUGGUAUAGAGCCCCUGAACUUCUCCUCUGCUGUGACAACUAUGGGACCUCUAUUGAUGUUUGGUCAGUCGGAUGUAUUUUUGCUGAGCUUCUAGGCCGGAAACCUAUCUUUCCUGGUACCGAGUGCCUCAAUCAGCUCAAACUAAUCAUUAAUGUUCUUGGAAGCCAGAAUGAGGCAGAUCUUGAGUUCAUCGACAACCCGAAGGCUAGGAAGUACAUCCAGUCACUACCAUAUUCCCCUGGGACCCCCUUCUUCCAUUUGUAUCCCCAUGCUAAUCCUUUGGCAAUUGACCUAUUGCGGAGGAUGCUUGUCUUUGAUCCAUCCAAGCGAAUUGGUGUUACAGAAGCUCUCCAACACCCUUACUUGUCUGCGCUGUAUGACCCAAGAUGCAACCCGCCUGCUCAGGUCCCAAUAGACCUCGAGAUAGAUGAGGACUUGGGUGAGGAGAUGAUCAGGGAGAUGAUGUGGAGAGAAAUGCUUCACUACCAUCCUGAAGCAGCUUCGGCCCAUUCAGCCCAUGCAUAGGAAACCACCAUCCUGCUGAGAGGUCUUUGAAGCUGGUCCAUUUUGGAGGAAGGUUAUUUAUAUGAAAAGUAGUAGCUUCUAUCUCUUCCAUUUUAUUUUAUUGAAGAUGCAUGCAUUAGAGGUUUGUGCUGUUAGUGCAUGAGAUAUCUAAAUCUGAUAAGGGGAAAAAAAAACAUGAGAUUACUAAGAGUUUUGUUUUAAUAGUUGUUUGUUGGUGCUUUGCAUUGUAGGUGGCCUCUUGUAGGUUGUACAAAAGUGCUUUUGUACAUUAAUGGUUGAUGUAUCUGUGGUUCUUUUUUCCUGGUGAUGAAAGUUGAUGUAUCUUUAGUUCGAUAAUAAAAAGUUAUUGAUGAUCAA